GUCUUGGAGGACUACGCUGAUCCCUUUGAUGCGGCACAGGUGACUGGUAGCCAGUCAGAGCUGGAGAAGGUGACAGAGAAUGAUGGAUACAUGGAGCCCUAUGAAGCCCAGAAGAUGAUGGCUGAAAUCCGCCAGAAAGGCCUACGGGAGGCUCCUGGCCGGCCGCUGCACCUCUACGACACUCCUUAUGAGCCUGUGCUUGGAGGGCUGGAUGCGGAUGGUGAUCUCCCGGCUUGCCCCAGGCCCAGGGAGUCCCGGCUGCCUGAGGACGAUGAGCGGCCACCAGAGGAGUAUGACCAGCCUUGGGAGUGGAAGAAGGAGCGGAUCUCCAAAGCCUUUGCAGGUCCAUCAGAAGGGCUGGCAUAUGGCUGCACCUCACCCUCCAGGGAGGAGAAGGCCAGGGCUGUCCUUAGGCAAGGCUCCAGCAGCCUCAAGAGCACAAAGACGAUGAUUGCUGAGCCUGUCCCCUUUGUUGGGGAGAGGAUUGACCCUGCCCUGCCCCUGGAGAGCCAGUGCUGGUACCACGGGGCCAUCAGCCGGACGGACGCGGAGACGCUGCUGCGGCUGUGCAAGGAAGCCAGCUACUUGGUGCGCAACAGUGAGACCAGCAAGAAUGACUUCUCCCUCUCCUUGAAGAGCAGUCAGGGCUUCAUGCACAUGAAACUGUCCCGGACCCAGGAGAACAAGUACGUGUUGGGACAGCACAGCCCACCCUUCAACAGCGUGCCAGAGAUCAUCCAUCACUACGCCAGCCGCAAGCUGCCCAUCAAGGGUGCUGAGCACAUGUCCUUGCUGUACCCAGUGGCAAUCCGAACCCUAUAG